CUCUCACACACACACACUCUCUCACACACACACACACUCUCUCUCACAGACACACACACUCUCUCACACACACACACUCUCUCUCUCUCUCACACACACACACACACACUCUCUCUCACACACACACACACACACACACACACACACACACACGAAGAGAGUGAGAGAGAGUUCAUAAUAACAUUUCUAGUGAUUUUGAGUUUAAGCACAAGGUUAACAGAUGAAAGCAAAGAUAAAUAAGUUAUAUAAAGUUUUAUAUAGUAGUAAUAAAGUCAUCAUCAGAGUCAUCGUAACGUGUGAAGGAUGUCAUGUAAGAUGAUUUAAUGUUUUACAGAGAACAGAAAUGCUGAGCACGCUCGACUCGUAGAUGAAUAACCCCGAUGACCUGCAAAUAAUCCUUCAGAGACUGUGAGCUGGAGAACCGGCUGGAUCAGUCAAGAACUCCCCGUCCCAAGCUCUCUGAGUGAGGGCUGCAGGUGUCAACACAAACCCCCGGAGAACUUCUGCAGGUGUCAUCGAUACACGGGACAGUGCCGGUAACGGGGGAUGAUGAACUCUGUCCGUGACAGAUGAGAGUCUCGCAUCAACUCACACUUCACCUUCAUCAUCAUCAUCAUUGUUGUUGUUAUUGUUGUUGUUUAAGAAUACCGCGCGACCAUGGGGCGUUACAGCGGCAAAACGUGUCGGCUGAUUCUGAUGCUCGUCAUCACCGUGAUCUUUUUCGUGGCGGAGAUCGUGGCGGGAUACAUGGGCAACUCCAUCGCGCUGGUGUCGGACUCCUUCAACAUGCUGUCGGACAUCCUGUCGCUCUGCGUCGGGCUGACGGCGGCGCGGGUGACGCGACGCGCCGGAUCAGGACGCUGCACGUACGGGCUGGGUCGCGCGGAGGUGGUCGGCGCGUUGGCCAACGCCGUGUUUCUGGCCGCUCUGUGUUUCUCCAUCUCCGUGGAGGCGCUCAAGAGACUCGCCCGGCCGGAGGCGAUCGACGACCCGACGCUGGUUCUGAUCGUGGGCUCGUUGGGUCUCGCGGUCAAUGUGCUCGGGCUGCUGAUCUUCAUGGACUGCCGGUGGUUGUGCGGGGCGCGAGACAAGAACGCCGAGGACGCGUCCGAGCAACGCGACGCUGAAGAAGAAGAAGGACAACUGUCCCAUCAGAGCACUUCUCCUGAGAACUCUACGAAUGAUGGACCUCCUCUGAACAUCAGAGGUGUCCUGCUGCAUGUGUUGAAUGACGCUCUGGGCUCAGUGGUGGUGGUCGUGGCUUCAGCGUUAUUCUACGUGUGGCCUUUGACCCCCGAGAGUCCGUGCAACUGGCAGUGUUACGUGGAUCCCAGUCUGACGCUCAUCAUGAUGGCCAUUAUCAUGUCUACCGCCGUUCCGCUGGUGAAAGAAACGGCGGGAAUCCUGCUGCAAAUGAGUCCCAUCGACCUGCCGUUCAACAGCAUCCUGGAGAACGUGUGCAAACUGGCCGGCGUCGUCAGUGUUCACGAGGCUCACGUUUGGGAGUUGGCUAAAGGCCGGAAUGUUGCGUCCCUGCACGUCAAAGUCUCUCCCGACCUUCACGCUCCGUGUUGGGAAACAUCAGGCCUUCACCGACAGAUCCUGGAGGUGUUUCACCGCGCCGGCGUUCACAGCGUGACGCUCCAGUUCGAGCGCAGUGACGGAGAGCAGGACUCGGGUCCCUGUAACACCCCCUGUCUGUCACCGGCGUGUAGGACUCUGUCGUGCUGUCCCGGCGGAGCGACGUCUGUGUCUGUUUGUAACGGGAACCCCUCCUCGCCCUCUGGAGACGUUACUGUCGACCUGCUGGACGGCAGCAACACACUGCUGGGACAGAAAGAGAGCAAACACACGUCAGACAAACACUCCGAGAGCACCCCAUUUUAAAUCUCUUGCACUAAACAAUUCUCUCAGUUCUCAUUUAUGGUUCAAGAUGGAGCAACGCUUGAUUUUGAGAAACAGACCUGUAAUAUGAUGCACUUCACACCCCUCGCGACCUCGAACCAUGUGCCUUAAGUCUCGUUUAUGCCUCGAGGUAAGUUUAAAGACUUCUGAUGUUGAGACCACAUCGGCCGUUUUAUGGUGGUAAAGUGCGGCCCAUUUUAGCUUAGUGUGGCCCAUUUUAGCUUAGUGCGGAUCAUUUUAGAUUAGUGCGGGCCAUUUUAGCUUAGUGCGGAUCAUUUUAGCUUAGUGCGGCCCAUUUUAGCUUAUCGCGGCCCAUUUUAGCUUAGAGCGGCCCAUUUUAGCUUAGUGCGGAUCAUUUUAGCUUAGUGCGGCCCAUUUUAGCUUAGUGCGGCCCAUUUUAGCUUAGUGCUGCCCAUUUUAGCUUAGUGCGGAUCAUUUUAGCUUAGUGCGGCCCAUUUUAGCUUAGUGCGGCCCAUUUUAGCUUAGUGCGGAUCAUUUUAGCUUAGUGCGGAUCAUUUUAGCUUAUCGCAGCCCAUUUUAGCUUAGUGCGGAUCAUUUUAGCAUAGUGCGGCCCAUUUUAGCUUAUCGCGGCCCAUUUUAGCUUAGUGCGGAUCAUUUUAGCUUAGUGCGGCCCAUUUUAGCUUAGUGCGGAUCAUUUUAGCUUAGUGCGAAUAAUUUUAGCUUAUCAUGGUGCAUUUUAGCUUAGUGCGGCCCAUUUUAGCUUAUCACGGCCCAUUUUAGCUUAGUGCGGAUCAUUUUAGCUUAUCGCGGCCCAUUUUAGCUUAGUGCGGAUCAUUUUAGCUUAUCGCGGUCCAUUUUAGCUUAUCAUGGUGCAUUUUAGCUUAGUGCGGCCCAUUUUAGCUUAGUGCGAAUCAUUUUAGCUUAUCGCGGUCCAUUUUAGCUUAUCAUGGUGCAUUUUAGCUUAGUGCGGCCCAUUUUAGCUUAUCACGGCCCAUUUUAGCUUAUCGCGGCCCAUUUUAGCUUAGUGCGGCCCAUUUUAGCUUAGUGCGGAUCAUUUUAGCUUAGUGCGGAUCAUUUUAGCUUAUCGCAGCCCAUUUUAGCUUAGUGCGGAUCAUUUUAGCAUAGUGCGGCCCAUUUUAGCUUAUCGCGGCCCAUUUUAGCUUAGUGCGGAUCAUUUUAGCUUAGUGCGGCCCAUUUUAGCUUAGUGCGGAUCAUUUUAGCUUAGUGCGAAUAAUUUUAGCUUAUCAUGGUCCAUGUUAGCUUAGUGCGGCCCAUUUUAGCUUAUCACGGCCCAUUUUAGCUUAGUGCGGAACAUUUUAGCUUAUCGCGGCCCAUUUUAGCUUAGUGCGGAUCAUUUUAGCUUAUCGCGGUCCAUUUUAGCUUAUCAUGGCGCAUUUUAGCUUAGUGCGGCCCAUUUUAGCUUAGUGCGAAUCAUUUUAGCUUAUCGCGGCCCAUUUUAGCUUAGUGCGGCACAUUUUAGCUUAGUGUGGCCCAUUUUAGCUUAUCGUGACCCAUUUUAGAUUAGUGCGGAUCAUUUUAGCUUAUCGCGGCCCAUUUUAGCUUAUCGUGGCCCAUUUUAGCUUAGUGCGGCCCAUUUUAGCUUAUCGUGGCCCAUUUUAGCUUAGAGUGGCCCAUUUUAGCUUAUCGCGGCCCAUUUUAGCUUAUCAUGGCCCAUUUUAGCUUAUCGUGGCCCAUUUUAGCUUAGUGUGGCCCAUUUUAGCUUAGUGCAGCCCAUUUUAGCUUAGUGCGGCCCAUUUUAGCUUAGUGCGGCCCAUUUUAGCUUAUCGUGGCCCAUUUUAGCUUAGUGCGGCCCAUUUUAGCUUAGUGCGGCCCAUUUUAGCUUAUCGUGGCCCAUUUUAGCUUAGUGCGGCCCAUUUUAACUUAUCGUGGCCCAUUUUAGCUUAGUGCUGGCCCAUUUUAGCUUAGUGCGGCCCAUUUUUAUUAAAUCGGCCGUUUAAUACAGUCAGUUCUGCUGGGUCAUGCUCAUGUGCUUAUUUAUUAUUAUAUCACAAAACCUGUCUAGAAUAAAUUAUCAUGUAUUUUUAUUUAUAAGUCACACUAGUAUUUGUUGUGCUACGUUUAAUAUAUAAUGUACGCAUAAAUAAAUAAAUUAUCUUUUUUUUUUAAUAAUGUGAAUUAGGGAAACAUCUGAACACAUGUAUUGUGUGUGUGUGUGUGUGUGUAUGGAUCAUGAUAUAUAAUAACGUCACAAUGCAGUUCAUCAUUUUGGGGUGAAUGUGAUUGAGCUGAAGAGUUCAUGCAUCGCUGUUUAUUUCUUUUCAUUCUUAAUAAUCUUGAGCGAUUUGGUGAUUCAGGGAAUCUAGAAUUAGUUCAUAUUUAGUAACAUGUUCUGUCUAUAGUUCGGCUUUAUAUUGUAAAUAAACAGAUUUGCAGCAUUGAGAGUCUUUUGUUGUUUUGUGAACGGAGCUGAAGCUGUUUGUCCACUAGAGGGCAGCAGAGCGACACAUCAAUCAACACUGUGUUAUCAACAGUACUGGGUAAUUACAGGUUACAUGUAAUCAUGUACUUGUCUGAUUACAGUUACUUUUUAAUGGAUCGCAUGACAACAGGCUUUCACUCAUUCUUGAUACUCAUCAUUUAUAUCAGCAACAGAAUGUUUCAUAUAGACGCUGAACUCAGAUCAGACUCUCCAGGAACAUUUAACAUCAACUUUAAUGUUCAUAAUGAACGUGACAAACACACCUGCUGUCUUCAGACACUCACCGCCGCUCCUCCCGCUAAACAUUUGCAGCUCAAUUGAACAGGAGCAACAGAUUUAUUGAUUACAGUGACUCACUAUACCUGAGCGACACACAGAAUGAUUAGUUUGGUAAUACAGACAUUAUAUUGUCCAUCACAGUAAACCGGUCUUCCUCCAAACCAGUUCAAAUACACCAACAUCCAUCACAACAGUCCAAACGGUCUCACACGUCUCCAACGGCUCUUUAUAAACCACAUGCACAUUUAAUAAUAGGGUGAUGUCACAUCAGAGGUCAAAGGUCACGGGAGACGUCUAGAGAGUCAGGUGAAGCUCUUACAUUCAUCACAAUGAUUGAUUAAUGAGCUUUUAAUGCAGAUUGUCUUUAAAGUUAUAAACCGUUUCAUCAAGUCACUUUCUAGCCUGAAACACCUGAAGAAGAAAGAUGGCGGUGGUGCACAUGCAUGUUAAAAGUGCUGCGCUGCUUCACACACACGUGACACGUGAACAGAAGAGUAUCAGUGCCGUGUUUUGGGUCAUCCGUUGGACACUUUACCGUCCUCUGACGUUGUUUUACGCGGAUGCUAAUGUGUUAUGGCUGUUUUCCAUGAGGAUAAAACAAUAAAUAAUUGAGAACAAUAUAAUCAUUCUUUAAAAUAUGGCUGUAAAUUAUUUUGCCAAAGUAAAUUGAGCAAAUGAUGAACUGAGAGAACAAAGAAAUAAAUAUGAACUUUAAACAAGAAAAUAAAACAGAACAGAGAAAUACGACGAGUGCCUGUUGAAAUUUAAAGACUUUUGCACCUUAAAACAUCUCAAAUAUAUGCAACACACACACAUACACACACACACUUACAUACAUACACACUUACACACACACACACACAGACACACACAUGCACACACUCACAAACACACACACACACAGGCACAGACACACUUACAUACAUACACACACACACACACACACACAGACACACACAUGCACACACUCACAAACACACACAUACACAGGCACAGACACACUUACACACACACACACACACACAUACAUACACACGCACACAGACACACUUACACACACACACAGACACACUUACACACACACACAUACACACGCACAGACACACUUACACAUACACACGCACAGACACACAUACACAGGCACAGACACACUUACACACACACACAUACACACGCACAGACACACUUACACACACACACAUACACAGGCACAGACACACUUACACACACACACACAUACACACGCACAGACACACUUACACACACACACACAGACACACUUACACACACACACAUACACAGGCAC